CGUGCUUGUUUCCACCCGGUGCGCUUUCCGGAGCUGACACCGGCUAUACAGGCAGUUGCCACACAGAAGAUGGCGGAAUACGCGCAGCUGGUCAGGAGGGCGCUGCAGCAGGUCCGGGCACACGGGGGACUCUGGGGAUCGUUUUGGCAAAUUCUCAGAGUUAGUGAUCUUAAAACUGGCACCCUUGUUGGUGUAGACAAAUAUGGAAACAAGUAUUAUGAAGACAAGCGGAACUUUUUUGGACGUCACCGAUGGGUAGAAUAUACAAGUGAGAUGAAUGGUAAACCGACAUACUGGGAUGUGGAUGGUAGUAUGGUGCCACCUGAAUGUGCGUUCUAUGUUUCUAUACUUGGUUUGGUUGUCAUGGUGAUAACACGGGGACCCAAUAGGCACAUGUCUAUGACGUCCGUUUUCAGCGCAGCAAAGGGGCGGGUGUGCAGUCCCGCACCGAUGCCGGCAUUCACGUGGUGAUGGUCUUGUAUAAAGGCAUCGCUGGCUGCAUUGCAUGACAGAGGAGUCUCCAGCCACUCACCCUCCUACUACUCAUAAAUUCGUAUGGGAGAAUCACAAAUU